UCAGUUUACCUUAUGAUCAGAUCAUCCCUGUCAGUUUUAUGGUGCAGACUAGGACCAGUUUUGUCUGUAUCAUAGCUUCACCAUAGCAAUGGGACAUGGUUAUUUUAUUUAGUGUAGCUGAUAUAUCAUCUGUAUCUCAUGAAGAUGGUAAAAAAUCCUGUGGAUCAGUGGUCAUUUAAGAUGAUAUGGUGCUGGGUAUUUGAAAUGGAGAUUUGGGGUUCAAGGUAUUCCAGUGGGAACCUGCCUUGUCUUCAUUAAUGAUCUGUCUGGCUGAGGGACCCUUACUUCAGUUCCUGCUCAUGUAAACAUGGGCUAUGCACAUGUACUAGUUUUGAUACUAGUGAAAGCUCCUGUAUCCAGCUACUACUUGUUUUCUUCUUGAUCUGAAUAUUUUAGGAGCAUGUGAGGGAACACUGGUGCUUCUCCUGGGAUGCAUGCUUAAUCCUUCCCUUAGCUAGUGAAGCCGGAGUAGAGGUGGGGUAACAGGUACCUCGUUCUGUGGGUCCUCUGCCCUCACAUUGUUCUUUCCAAGUAAGCAGAGUGUAGUGGGCACUGCAUAAUGCAGCUGGCCACUGGGAUGGCAGCCCCUGGGCUGGGCACUGUGGGCUGGCCUCGUGGCCCCUUAAGUAUCUUGUGGAAGAUAGUGUUUCUUUUUAUCUGCCUCUGCUGCACUGAGGCUCAGUGCUCUGAGGUAUACUGAGGCCUCCAUGCUUUUGCUUCUCAGGAAACAAAACUUCGUGCUGGGCACGCUGUAUUAAAUAUAAUUUAUAUUUGUAAGUUGAGGCUUGUGACUGUUCUGGUACAAGUGUCAGUUGUCCCUUGAUGUUGGAGACAGGAGAAAGAGGAACACAAUAAUUAGGUUUUAGCCAUGUGCCCAUUUACUCUAAUUUUCAUAUAAUACUAUAAUUAUGCCCAUUCCUGCACAGGUGUCAGGUGAGUUUGUAUGCGUUUUAUUGACUGUAAUUUGUAAGUUUAUUCUAUAUGUGUGACUUGAGCAGUGCCUGCUGGCUGGCUGUUCUGGCCCAGAGCCUUGUGGGGGUGGGAAGCAGGUCAGGAGGGGUUCACCCACAAUGCUUCUCUCUGAUGUGGUCUGUGGGGUAACUUAUAGUCUUAGACUACUGUAGUCCUUAUAUACAGAAUGAGGUUUUGGGGGCCGGAAGCAUGAGUCACUAAUAGUGAAGGUCUGCCCUGUGUUAUGCGUUUUCUCUCUUGCAGAAAAGCUUUCUGGUAACUCACUCAGGCUAGGUUCUGGAUAUAGCCUUUUUUAAAAAAAAUUUUGCAUAAAAAUCCUAAGAAUGUGGGUGAACCUGUCUGAGAUCUGAUCAGAACCAAACGCAUGUAAUAGAACUCUUAGCUGAAGCCACUGGUUUCUCUCCAAGACCACUGUGGUUAUGACGUAACCUUAGCAACGAGCUGAUUUUUGCUUUAUGUUUGAGCAGGAGAAACUUCUGCAUUUUCAGGAGCUUAGGGCUUUUGAGAACAAUAGUGCCUAACAGGGAUGUAGCAUAGUAUAAGCAUUCUUUCAUUUGGCAUAUGUGAGACUGAAUUAUCACUUUAGGAACCUUAUUCCUUUAGGAAUCCCAUCUAAAGUCUUCUUGUUCUUUAGACUUCUCCCCCCUUCCCCCCAGGGAUGUUUCCUUUACCCUUAUAAUGAAUUUCAGCUUUAAUGGUUUACUCGGGUUUAUUUUUAAAAAUAUGAUUGGUGAAAUAAACCUCAGGCCUGAGAAUGAAUGACCAAUGGUCAGAUUAUUGGCUUAAGGAAAAGUUGAAAUCUCUUAUCACCUGUGGCUAUCUCCUCCAGCUGGGUUGGAAGCUGCUCUCGGGAGCAUGUUAUUAUGUGUGUAGUGCACCCAUGGCAUCUCUACACACAAGCUUCGUCCUCAUUUUCACUUCCUCGAGUGACUGGAAACUGUGGCUGGUGCAGUGGUCCUGCUGGUGUGCUUUGCUAGAUGUCUUGGAAUACCCAGAUCAUCCUUGUCUGUAACUUCCCAGUGCCGUUUCAUUGGCUAAGGAAGCUAUCCUAAGACUGAUGCCCUGGGGCACAGCAUGGGAUGCCCCCAGGGUCUCUGGAGCCAGUGUGGCCUGCACCAUCAGAGCUUUGGUCAUGCUCAGUUUUACUCUUGGAGUAAGUCUACUGGAAACUGAGAGAGGUGGGUUCCUGUUCCGCAUGUCAGUGGGCUCACCCGAGAGGCGCACAGCAAGGAGGUGGAACAGGUGUACCUGCGCUGCUCCGCAGGCUCUGUGGAGUGGAUGUACCCAACUGGGGCGCUCAUUGUUAACCUACGGCCCAACACCUUCUCACCUGCCCAGAACUUGACUGUGUGCAUCAAGCCUUUCAGGGACUCCUCUGGGGCCAAUAUUUAUUUGGAAAAAACUGGAGAACUAAGACUGUUGGUGCGGGACAUCAGAGGUGAACCUGGCCAAGUGCAGUGCUUCAGCCUGGAGCAGGGAGGCUUAUUUGUGGAGGCAACGCCACAACAGGACAUCAGCAGAAGGACCACAGGCUUCCAGUAUGAGCUGAUGAGUGGGCAGAGGGGACUGGAUCUGCAUGUGCUGUCUGCUCCCUGUCGGCCUUGCAGUGACACUGAGGUCCUCCUUGCCAUCUGCACCAGUGACUUUGUUGUCCAAGGGUUCAUCGAGGAUGUCACCCAUGUACCGGAACAGCAAGUGUCAGUCAUCAAGCUGCGGGUGAGCAGGCUCCACAGGCAGAAGAGCAGGGUCUUCCAGCCAGCUCCUGAGGACAGUGGCCACUGGCUGGGCCAUGUCACAACACUGCUGCAGUGUGGAGUACGGCCAGGGCGUGGGGAAUUCCUUUUCACUGGACACGUGCACUUUGGGGAGGCACAACUGGGAUGUGCCCCACGCUUUAGUGACUUUCAAAGGAUGUACAGGAAAGCAGAAGAAAUGGGCAUCAACCCUUGUGAGAUCAACAUGGAGUGACUUGCAGGCUGACACAGUACUGUUGUCCUUCAAAUGAGCCAUGGCUUGUGGUCUCGGAUGCUCUAUCCAGUCCUGAUAGAGAUUGCGGAUUGGUGGCAUGGGCCCAGCCUGGUGCUUGAACUGGGAAGGUACAUGCUGCUCUGUCCCCUAAGGUUCCAGCCAAGGAUGCCCUGAUCCAUCGGAAAUGCUGUAAAAUACAAACUAAGUUAUUAUAUUUUUUUGGGUAAAAGA